CUUGCCGCUCUAUAUAAAGCAAUCCCUUUCGUCUACUACGAUACGUGCACUCGCUCCGUUUUUACUUUGCUCUGAGUGUCCGUCGAGUGUUUAUAGUUUCCAAAUCAAAAGUUAGAGCAGAUACCAAUCUCAGUCUUUGAAACCCAAGAGACAUGAAGAAGUUGGUGGUGAAAGUGGACUUACAUGAUGACAGAGACAGGAGCAAGGCCAUGCGAGUAGUUUCUGGUUUUGGAGGGAUUGGGUCUCUGUCUAUGGACUCGAAGGACAACAAACUGACGGUAUCCGGUGAUUUCGACCCUGUCAAGGUGGUGAACAAACUGAGGAAAUCUUGGCACACAGAAAUCGUGAGCGUUGGAGCAGCCGAGGAAGAUGAUGGCAAGAAAGACGAGGGCAAGAAGGACGAUCAAGUCGCCAAUCUCGUAAAAGCCUAUGAAGCAUACUAUCCUACGCCGGUCACAUAUUACUGCGUGCCCCCAGGAGAGACCCCAAAUUGUGUCAUUUGUUGAAAUUCUUUGCGCUUCCAGACCGAAUCAGGACUUGGUUUGUGCAGCGGAGAGGAUUGAAUAAGUAAGGUUGACCAUGCCUUACGAAGACAAGAACAAGUGGAGUACCCUUUCUAGAAUUAUAGGCUUUUGUUGCGUCGUUCGCUACAUGCAUGUGCGUAGGGUGUAUACAUAUAGAGAGAUUGGUUUUCACUUGAGGAACUCAAGUUAUGGAAAAUCCAUUAUGUACUCCAUUUCAGCAUACGAUUGUUUUCGGUGACUGGAAUAUUAUUAUUCUGAUGAAUUAUAAUAUUAUUGAAAAGAGUACGGUCAGA